AUGUCGAGCCACCACCCUGGAGAAGGCUGGUCGGAGCGCAACCCCGUCCCCACCGUCCAGCAGUACCGCGAUGAGCAGGAGCAACGUCUCCAGCAUCAAGAAGACCUUCGACGCGAUGCUUCCAAGGCCAACGGCUCCCAGCUCGCCAACACCGACGCCGAUGAGGCGACUCCUGCCUAUCCAUCGGCCACCUCUUCCGGCACGGAUCCCACCAACUCGGAUGGUCUCAGGCAGCGAAAGGGUGCCUCGGGUGCCGGCGCAACCGCUCCCAAGACCGACACGGUCGACCAAGCUCCCGGCGGCGGUGCCGAGGAGAAGGAGCGCAUCAAGCAGGCCCAGAUGCCAAAAGGCAAGGCCAACGAGUUCGAAGAAAAGGGCGAGCGCGUCGUCACUGACCCCGUCACGGGCGGCGACGUCCAGAUUCGCGACGCUUCUGAGAACGCCAAGAUCAGCCCGGACAAGCUCGACUCGCGUUACGGCCCUGGCUUCUCCACCCACGUCCCCAAGGACCCCUCGAAGCACUCGCAGCUUCACACCUCACCCUACCCCGCCGAGCCCUCCAACGGUCUGCUGUAUCGCUUCCCCGAGCCUGCCGACAGUGACAUCAUCAAGGGCAUGCAGUCGGCCUUCAACCAGCUCGCCAUCGGCCUCGGCGCCUCGCUCGCCCUCAUCUGGUUCUUCUUUGCGUUUGGAAAUGGCUGGUGGAAGUUCCUCGUUCGCACCUCGAUCCUCGUGGGUGUCGGCUUCUGCGGCUGGACCGGUCUCCAUCUGCAAUCACGCAAGAUCGAGAAGGAGCACGACGCCAUCCGUGCAGAAAUGCACAAACAGCGUGGAGAGAAGCUCACGCCGCCCAUGCCGGAAAGUGUCGAGUGGCUCAACGCUGCUAUUGCCUGUAUCUGGAAGCAAAUCAACCCGGACAUGUUCAUCGGCAUGGCCGAUAUGGUCGAGGACAUCAUGCAGCAGUCUCUGCCCGGUUUCGUUGAUGCCGUCAAGAUCGACGACAUUGGCAUAGGAGAAAACCCCUUCCGCCUCGUCGCCAUGCGCGGUCUGUCGGAUAUGAUGAGCGACAAGGAGUAUCCGCGCGAAGAAUGGAUCGACCAAGGCAAAAAGGACGAGCUCAAGAAAGAAGCCGACAAGGAGAAGGAGAAGAACAAGGACAAGGACAGCCAGGCCAAGAAGGAGCUUGACGCGACCGAAGACGCUGACGGCGACGGAGUCGCAGACGACGACGAGUCCGGCGACUUCCUCAACUACGAGAUCUCGUUCAGCUACUCUGCUCGCCCCGGUCAGUCCAACAAGGACCGAGCGAAGAACAUCCACCUGAUGAUCGAGUUCUUCGUCGGCGCCUACGACCUCUUCCAGAUUCCCCUCCCUAUCUGGAUCCAGAUCGAGCACAUCUCGGGCACCAUUCGCCUGCGCGCCCAGAUGGUGCAGCAAGCGCCUUACAUCCGCAACCUGACCUUUACGCUCAUGGGCGUUCCCAAGGUCGAGAUCUCGGCCAUUCCCAUGCUCAAGGCCCUUCCCAACGUUCUGGACCUCCCACUCAUCUCUGGGUUUGUUCAGUCUUCGAUCGCUGCUGCCGCCAACAUGUACGUCGCACCCAAGAGCAUGACGCUCAACAUGGCACAGAUGCUCUCCGGUGACGGAAUCAAGAAGGACACCGACGCCGUCGGCGUGCUCGUCGUCGACAUCGAGUACGGCGAGGGUCUCUCUGCUCAGGAUGCCAACGGCAAGAGCGACCCAUACGUCGUUCUGUCGUUUGCCAAGUUCGGUCGUCCGUUGUACAGCUCGCGUAUUAUCUUCGAGGACCUCAACCCCGUGUGGCAGGAGACGGCGUUCCUGCUGGUCAGCAAGGACGACAUUCGCGCCAACGAGUCGCUCUCCAUUCAGCUUUGGGAUUCCGAUGCCCGUACCGCCGACGACAUUGUCGGUCGUGUCAACAAGCCCAUCAAGGAGCUCAUUCGCGAUGCUAACCACCCUCAGGACAGGAAGGACAAGUUGAUGGGCUUCGAGGACGCUGACGACAUGCCCGGUGAGCUCAAGUGGAAGGUGGCGUUCUACGAAAAGGCCGACUUCAACAAGGCGCUCGUACCCAAGAAGAAGGAGGAGGACAUGACGCAGGUCGAAAAGGAGACGAAGCGCGAGGCGUCGGCGAUCGACUCUGUGGACGAGAAGAUCGCCCUCCACUGCCCUCCCGACCCGGAGUACCCUUCGGGCAUCCUCAGCAUCAUCGUCCACCACAUUGCCGGCCUCGAGAACCGCGAUGUCGAAAAGGGGGUCAUGGGCAAAGAGCGCGAGGGAACCGCAGGUCAGGACGUCGAUGCCAAGGCUGGCGAAGGCAAAGCUCUUCCCUCUGGCUAUGUCGAGUUCAUCGUCAACGACGACAUCAUCUACAAGACGCGCGUCAAGCAGUACACCAACAUGCCGUUCUACGAGGCGGGCACCGAGACGUUCGUCCGCGACUGGACGCGCACCGAAGUGCGUCUUGCCGUGCGUGACGCCCGUCUGCGCGAACACGAUCCCAUCAUGGGCAUCGUCUCGAUGGACCUCACCGAGGUGUUCAGCGAGAGCUCGCAGGUGACCCAGUCGUUCUCGCUGCAGGAUGGUGUUGGGUUCGGCAAGGUGCACUGUAGUCUGGUGUUCCGCAGCAUCAAGGCGCAGCUACCCAAGAACCUGCUCGGAUGGGACACCGCCACCGUCGAGCUGCUGUCCGAGAUCGAGAUCGAGGGUGACGAGUCGCUCAAGUCCAAGAAGAUCAAGGUCUCCACCGGAGACGACACGCAGAAGAUCCGUCCCGGCGAGCAAGUGCCGGAAGACGCCAAAGCCUUGGUCCGACUUCCCGUGUACGACCGCUACAGCUCGCUGCUGACGUUCGACCUCGGCGGUGGCGGCCUCAGCGUGGGCCCGCUCAACGCCAAGCCGGACGCCAUCGCCGUCGCCGCCCUGCGCGACAUCCCCGAUGGCGAAGUCGUCGAACUCGAACUCGACCUCGUGGCCGGCAGCAACCUCGGCACGCUCAAGCGCAACUACAUCAACGACCAGACGCGCAAGACGCACAAUUUUGAGGUGGUCGGCAAGCUGCGCGUCAAGGUGCGCAUCGAUGCAGGUCUCGACGAUGAUCACCUGCGCCUGGUGGAGCGCACCACGGGCAGGAAGGACAAGCACGAAUUCGAUGUCUACAACCGACUGGAGGGCAUGCCCAACCGGGCGGUGGAAAAUUCGCAUGCGAAUGACGACGGUGUCGUGGACAGGAAGGAGCAGAAGCAAAUUGACAGGAGCAAGAAGGAGGCGCUCCACUCGAGACACCGCGGUGCCAUGGGGUACGGCGGGGCCAGGUCGGCCGUGUGGGCCAAAGACGGUGUCAGGGACAGGAUCAGGAGGGUCAGCGCCAAGAUCACGGGCAAGAAGGGCAGGGAUCAGACGAUCAAGUCGGAGGCCUGA